UAUCAAUACAGCAACCUCACGGUCCAGACUCCGCUUCCCCUUACGGAACGAGCGCUUUGUGAGCAAGAUUGGACACACGUCAAACGGUUUGCUAGACCCAAAUAUCGGAGUGUUACUUCGUCCUGGGUCGCAAAAUGAAUGCAACAACAGCCUGAGUCAUCACAAGUUCUCAAUAAAACAAUGGCAAUCUUGGAGUCUGCCCUUCCUUGAGUGCAUGGUCGAUUAUCCGUACAGAGGAUGCACUUUCGGGUAUUAAAUUCUCGAAUACAACUGUUACGACCUGUUCGCAAGAGUAUUCGCUUGAGACACUUGACUACAAUGGCGCCACCACAACUGACGCUCACUCCAGCGGAGAAGCUGUUCCGGCAAUGUCUGCUGGAAUGUCGUAAGGAGAUGCAAGGUGUGCCUGGCAUGAAAGGCCUUGAAUUACGAUGGACUGGAGGAUGGGUCCGAGACAAACUCCUGGGCGUCCAAAGCCAUGACAUCGACGUAGCAUUGAGCACAAUGACAGGCAUGCAGUUCGGCCAGGCUCUGCAGGCCUAUCUGCGCGAUCACGGAACCAAAUAUGAACAAGAAGCAAAACAACAAGGUUUCAAUCCAGAAAUCAAGGACAUUCACAAGAUCGCCGCCAACCCGGAAAAGUCCAAGCAUCUCGAGACAAUCACGACCAGAAUGUUUGGCAUCGAUGUCGACUUCGUGAAUCUGCGAAAAGAGGUCUACAACGACGAAAGUCGCCACCCGGAAAUGGAAUUCGGUAGCGCUGAAGAAGAUGCGCUCCGUCGCGAUGCCACAGUCAAUGCGCUCUUCUACAACCUCGACACACAGACUGUUGAGGACUUCACGAAGCAAGGUCUCGAGGACAUGGACAACAAAAUCAUUCGCACGCCGCUUGAGCCAUAUCAGACCUUCAAGGACGAUCCACUCCGAGUUUUACGGCUCAUUCGCUUCGCCUGCCGUCUCGGAUACACGAUAGAGGCAAACUCGAAAGAAGCGAUGAAAGACAAGAGUAUUCACGAAGCACUCCGGAUCAAGAUCAGCAGGGAGCGCGUCGGGACCGAGAUCCACAAGAUCAUGGCUGGACCAGAUCCAUACUGUGGGCUGAAGUACAUCGAAGACUUUGCCCUGUACGCUGUCGUGUUUGCCAAUCCUGGUGAUGCUUACAGCCCGGACGGCCAGAUAGCACUUCGUGCCUAUGAUGGCCUGAAACGGAUUCUUGAUGAGAAAUCUACCAUCUGCCUCAGUCUGAAGCCGAAACAAGAUCAAGUACUAAGCUGGUUUCUGGCAGCUUACGUUCCUUGGGCGGAAUCUUCGGCCAAAGCAUAUGACGCUGCAUGGGAGGGCAUCAAAGCCACUAAUACUUUCAGGAGAGUACUCAAAGAUGCAAUCGACUAUCGACCGGAUAUCCUCAAAGCUGUCGAGCUCGUCAACACAGACAAGGCAUCACGAGCAGAUGUCGGCAUGACAUUGCGACAAAGCAGGGAGGCAUGGAGAUCGCACGUACUCUAUUCACUCCUGUGUGACAUCGCAGCAGGUAAUUUCACUCAAACGGUAGAACGCUACCAGGAAUUUGUUGCCUUCAUCCACGAAAAAAAGCUGGAAGAUGCCCAUACCAUAGUGCCCAUUCUGAAAGGCAACGAGAUCAAAGAUGCUCUAGGCGGGCCGAAAGGUGGUCCAUGGCUCAAGAAGGCCGUGGAUGUUCUUGCCCAAUGGCAAUUUAAUCAUCGCAAGGCAACAAAAGAAGAAGCUAUCGAAAUGAUCGCGGGUAAGAAGACUGAGCUUGGGCUUGGCUGAACAUGUCUACAAUCUCGAUGCUGCAAGUCUCUUGGCCCUCAGCUUCACGUCUCGAGCCUCUUGACGAACAGCAAGAUCGAGCAUGAUCUCCUCGCUGCCGCCUCCCACCACGUGUACGCGCACAUCACGACUGAUCUGCUCAAUUCGAGCACCUUUGCCAGUCUUGGUAUAUCCUGCUCCACCCAUUAUCUGUUGAGCUUCUCGACAGACGCGCUCGAGGCAUCUCGUGCUCAUGACUUUGAGCAAUGCUGUCAUUCCUCCAACAUUGACUUCCCUGCCGGUGACGCGUGACGUUUCGAUGACAUAGCAGAGCUGGUCAAGGAAAGCCUGCACAGGCUCGAUGAGGAGGCCAAAUGUGGCAAUCUUCGUCUUGAUUGGCGAAUGCUCAACCAAGGGCUUUCCAAACGUCUCUCGUUCGCAAGCAUAAUUAUAUGCGUCUUGGGCACAGACUCGAGCGAGUCGAACGGCGGCGGUGGCCAGACUGAGCCGCUCCGGGUUGAAGUUGGACAUGAUGAGCUGGAAGCCAUGGUUCUCGCGACCGAUGAGAUUCUCGACCGGGACCUCCACAUCAUCGAAGUCGAUGAAGGUAGAGCCUGCAAAGUCAGUAAAAUUCCC